UUUUAAUGUCAUAGAGAUAGUUCAAAUUCUCUCUCCUCCCAGUUUCUCAAGUUAACGCAGUAUUCUGCUAUUCUCGAUAAGCCACGACCAUGACGCAGCACCAGUACACCUCCAGGCCGCUCCUUACGGAAGACGUGCUAGCUACCAUCAUCUCGAUGGUGCCACGAGGCACGCUCCUAAACUUCCGCUUGGUCAACCGAUCUCUUAGUGCUCUGGCUACCAAACGCGCCUUUCGGCAUAUAUGCCUUUUUGCCGCGGAGGAGGGCACUCGCUUCGUUGACAUUGCACGGUCUGAGGCGCUCCGCUCGUGCGUCCGCGAGAUAACCUGCGACACCAAGCUUGCCGAGGAUGAUUAUACAUAUCAUUCCAAUGGUGAUUUUGCUUUCCCUUGGAGAUUCAUGGCGGCCCUUCCAUUCGUGCGUUAUUUCGAGAGGCUGGAAGUCCUGAACUUAAACUUCAACGAGUACUGUGGGCCGGAGAACAACGAUGAAGACCUGCUUGAUGGCAUCCUUAUUGAAGAGUCGCCUGAUAUCCGGUUCCGUAUUCUAGAUACCAUCUUCCACUGCCUCGAGGGUACAUGGUCUGCCGAGAAUCAGCGUGAGGUGGAUGAAGAGCUUGAUCUUAGUGACGAUCGCGAUAUUCUGGACAUCGAAGAUGACCCCGAAGUAGCAUUCUACAAGGACGACCAUCAGGGCUUCGCGGCUCCUAUUCAUGAUCCACCUUCCUCGGUUUGUUUGACAAUCUCCAACUUAGGAGACUUCGACGACCCGCGCCUUACCAAAUCGGACACGUUUCGCCGGGUUAUAGCUUCCCAGAUAUCUGAACUAAAAAUUCUAUUCACAGUCCAGACCGAUGAAGCCUCGCCGGAGAGCACGAUAUAUCGGCCAGAGAAGUAUGAUCUUAUGAAGAAUCUGCCCCACACCUGGCUGAUGCCAUCGCUUGCCAUGAACUUGACAGUUCUUUCUUUAUACUGUCGUGACUAUUGGGGCUGGAUCCCCCGGAUGGACUUCCGUUGCGUCAAUCCGGGCUCGGGUCCGGGCUCGGGCUUCCCAAACCUUAGGGUCCUGGCUCUAGGAAACUAUGUCUUCACCCACGAGUGGCAGGUCGACUGGAUCGCUUCCUUAGGGCUCCAAAAUGGACGGGGUGGGCUUGAAGAGCUUUAUCUAGAUGAUUCUCCCAUCCUUUACAAGGCUCGAAUGGUCCAACCCAUGAACUCAGGGGAGUCGGAAGUGACUAACCUCGUGACUGGAGAGGUUAUUUCCAUUUCGGAUGAGCUGUACCCGCUCCCAGAAGUCGUUAUGGGAGGGACGUACAACCCCGAAAUCAUUUAUUUCCCUCUUCGAUGGGACUAUGUACUUGGUCGCUGGAGAGACUUAAUGAAGGGUCUUCGAGUCUUUAGAAUGGGCCACGGUGCCUGGUGGCAGCACUAUUGUUUCGAUCGUGCCAUUGAGUCCGAUGAAUGGAUUCAGUCGAGCGACAGACGUGAUUUCAUUUCAUACGAUUGCCCAGCUUUCCGGUGGUAUAAUUGCCCGGUUGUUGAUCAAGAAAGCGAUGAGUACUAUGAAGGUUGUGAGCUCUUUAGAGAGGGAGAAGGGCUCCAGCUGGCCAGGGAAUACCAGUGCCAGUAUAUUGAAUACGAUAUCGGUACAGGCCCCACCCAAUGGCAAGAAUUAAGGGAUAGAUAUCAGUAUACCUAUUACCCUUAUUACCCGAAAUUGAAUCCAGAGCUGGAUCCGACAGGAACCCUGAUGAAAGACGAGGAUGAGGCUCUUGGAAGUCUUCUGGAGAUAACAGAUCAGCGGCGGAAAAUGAAUCUGACUAUAUAAGGUAUUUAAAUUAUAUACUAAAUAUACUACUAGUAGUAAGCAGUUAUAGAAUUUAUUAUAGCGCCAGUGCACUAAAAU